GUGGAAUGGUGGGAGGAGCAGAGAAAGGAGGAGGGAUGGAGUCCCCGUUCUGUUGCAUUCUGGGAAGGUCGCUGCUCCGUCAAUCGCGCGGCCUCCUGGGAGUUGUAGUCGGGAUCCUGAGGCAACCGAUAACAGAAAAGUUUUAAGUUUAUACCAUGGAUAACACCAAGGAAAAGAGUGGAAAUUACAAAGAUGAUCUUCUGCUUAGAGUGGGACUUAAUGAUAAUAAAGCCGGAAUGGAAGGAUUAGAUAAAGAGAAGAUUAACAAAAUUAUAAUGGAAGCCACAAAAGGGUCCAGAUUUUAUGGAAAUGAGCUCAAGAAAGAAAAGCAAGUCAACCAACGAAUUGAAAAUAUGAUGCAACAAAAAGCUCAAAUUACCAGCCAACAGCUAAGGAAAGCACAAUUACAGGUUGACAGAUUUGCAAUGGAAUUGGAAAAGAGCCGGGAUCUGAACAAUACUAUAGUACACAUUGACAUGGAUGCUUUCUAUGCAGCUGUAGAAAUGAGGGACAAUCCAGAAUUGAAGGAUAAACCCAUUGCUGUAGGAUCAAUGAGUAUGUUGUCUACUUCGAAUUACCAUGCAAGGAGGUUUGGUGUUCGUGCAGCCAUGCCAGGAUUUAUUGCUAAAAGACUCUGCCCACAACUUAUUAUUGUGCCCCCAAACUUUGACAAAUACCAAGCUGUGAGUACAGAGGUUAAGGAAAUACUUGCUGAUUAUGAUCCCAAUUUUAUGGCUAUGAGUCUUGAUGAAGCCUACUUGAAUAUAACAAAGCACUUACAGGAAAGACAAAAUUGGCCCGAGGACAAAAGGAAGUAUUUCAUCAAAACAGGAAACUCUCUAGAAAAUGAGAAACCAGGAAAAGAAACUAAUAAACUGAGUGAGCAUGAACGUUCCAUCUCUCCACUACUUUUUGAUGAUAGUCCUCCUGAUUUGCAGCCCCAAGGAAAUCCUUUACAAGUGAACUCUGAAGAACAGAAUAAUCCUCAACUACUCCAAAAUUCUAUUGUUUUUGGAACAUCAGCUGAGGAAGUAGUAAAGGAAAUUCGUUUCAGAAUUGAGCAAAAAACAACACUGACAGCCAGUGCAGGAAUUGCCCCAAAUACAAUGUUAGCAAAAGUAUGCAGUGAUAAGAAUAAACCAAAUGGACAAUACCAAAUUCUCCCCAGCAGACAAGCUGUGAUGGACUUCAUCAAGGACUUACCUAUUAGAAAGGUUUCUGGAAUAGGAAAAGUUACAGAGAAAAUGUUAAAGGCGCUUGGAAUUAUUACUUGUACAGAACUCUACCAACAGAAGGCAUUGCUUUCUCUUCUUUUCUCUGAAACAUCUUGGCAUCAUUUCCUUCAUAUUUCCCUGGGUCUAGGUUCAACACACCUGACAAGGGAUGGAGAAAGGAAAAGCAUGAGCGUUGAGAGGACAUUCAAUGAAAUAAGUAAAGCAGAGGAACAAUAUAGCUUGUGCCAGGAACUUUGCAGUGAACUUGCUCAAGAUCUGCAGAAAGAAGGACUAAAGGGUAGAACUGUUACCAUUAAACUGAAGAAUGUAAAUUUUGAAGUAAAAACUCGUGCAUCUACAGUUUCAUCUGUUGUUUCUACUGCAGAAGAAAUAUUUGCUAUUGCUAAAGAAUUGCUAAGAACAGAAAUUGAUGCUGAUUUUCCACAUCCUUUGAGAUUAAGACUUAUGGGUGUACGGUUGUCCGGUUUUCCCAGUGAAGAAGAUAAGAAGCACCAACAAAGGAGCAUUAUUGGCUUCUUACAGGCUGGAAACCCAACUCUGUCAGCCACUGGGUAUAUGCUAGAGAAAACUGACAAAGAUCAGUUUCAAAAACCUCUAGAAAUAUCUCAUAAGAAGAGUUUCUUUGAUAAAAAGCGAUCAGAAAGGAAAUGGAGCCAUCAAGACACAUUUAAAUGUGAAGCUUUGGGUAAACCAAGUUUACAGACAUCAUAUUCAGUUCAAGUUUUAAAGAAGAAGAUGAAUGAGAAUUUAGAAACGUCGGAGAAUUCAAAUAACUCUCAGAUAUUUACCUGCCCAAUUUGCUUUAGGGAGCAAAGAAGCAUCAGUCUGGAAGCCUUUAAUAAACAUAUAGAUGCAUGUCUUGAUGGACAUUUGAUCAGUGAAAACUCCAAUGUGUUCUCAUGUUCACACGCUUCCUCUACAGAAGUUAACAAGAAAGAAAAUGUACAUCCUUCAUUCUCACUCCAUGGGAAGCAGGAUUAUGAAACCCACCAGAAGGAUUCAGAAAUCAGUUCAGUAAAUUGUGUAGAGCUAGUGGAGACUGAAGAUAACCCACGUAAAGCAAAAAGUAUAGCUGGCUUAAGUGAUAAGCACAGCAAAGAGGAAUGUGCUAGUCUUUCAAGCAAAUCAUUUAAUAUUGACACACGGUGUCACAAUUCUUCCUCUACUGUUUCAUUGGAAGAUAUUGGGUCAUUAAGUCGGCAAGAAUCCUCCAAGUCUUAUUUACAUGAAGAGAUAACAGACCAACCUCUAGUUUGUCCUGUUUGUAACCUAGAGCAAAAGACUUCGGAUCUUACCCUGUUCAAUGUGCAUGUGGAUGUAUGUUUAAAUAAAGGCAUUAUCCAGGAACUGAGAAUGGAAAAAGUUAGUGUAGCUAACCAACCCAGAGAAAGCGCCCAAAGUACUGAUAACUCAGGCAGAGUGCAGAAGACUGCAACAAAACCAAAAAGGCCAGGAUUGAUGACAAAGGACUCAGCAUCAAAGAAAACAAAACCAAACAAUCCCAGACACACUCUUGAUGUAUUUUUUAAAUGAACAUUGAACAUUUUAUCAUUGAACAUUUUAUUCUUAAUAAGAAACUUUUUAUUUUAUAAUCAAUGGAUCUCUUCUUCAUUAAGUUUACAGAUUCAUGUAGUGAAAGGCAAGUGCAAUAAAUCCUCCCCAAAUGACAUUUCUUUUAUAUGAAUUUGGAAUAUGUGCUAAUUAACUUUUGUAAACAUCUUUUGGAUAACCAUGAGAAUUUCACUUCUAUUAUACAUCAAUCAGAAAUCAGUCCUGUUAGAGCUAAUUUUAAAAUGAGAAAUUAGGAUGGAAUCAAAAAAUGAUUUUUUUCCUUAUCAUGUUUUAUAGUGAAUAUAAAAACAUAUUUAUAAGGGCUUUCAGAAGUCCACACAAACCUAGUUUAGCAUAAGAAUUUUUCAGCACUGGGGCACCUGGCUGGCUUAGUUAAGGUUAAGCACCUGA